AUGAAAAGGGUUUGCCAUGAGAUGAGAAAAGAACUAAAGAGAAUACUUAAUAAUACGGCGAAACAUUUAUACAAAACACCUAUCCCGAGCACACGCAAGGGAACCGUAGACAUGCAAGUGAAAUCCAAUCCAUGAAAUAAAUUGAUCCAUGGACGGCACCAUUGUGGUAAAGGUAGUAAUGCUAGAGGAAUCAUUACCACAAGGCAUAGAGGGGGAGGUCAUAAGCGUCUAUACCGUAAAAUCGAUUUUCGACGGAAUCAAAAAGACAUAUCUGGUAGAAUCAUAACCAUAGAAUAUGACCCUAAUCGAAAUGCAUACAUUUGUCUCAUACACUAUGGGGAUGGUGAGAAGAGAUAUAUUUUACAUCCCAGAGGGGCUAUAAUUGGAGAUACUAUUGUUUCUGGUACAAAAGUUCCUAUAUCAAUGGGAAAUGCCCUACCUUUGAAAUCUACUUCAACCGAUAUGCCCUUAGGCACGGCCAUACAUAACAUAGAAAUCACAUGUGGAAGGGGUGGGCAAUUAGCUAGAGCAGCAGGUGUUGUAGCGAAACUGAUUGCAAAAGAGGGUAAAUCGGCCACUUUAAGAUUACCAUCUGGGGAGGUCCGUUUGGUAUCCCAAAACUGCUUAGCAAUAGUCGGACAAGUGGGUAAUGUUGGGGUGAACCAAAAAAGUUUGGGUAGAGCCGGAUCUAAGUGUUGGCUAGGUAAAUGCCCUGUAGUAAGAGGGGUAGUUAUGAACCCUGUGGACCACCCCCAUGGGGGCGGUGAAGGGAAAGCCCCCAUUGGUAGAGAAAAACCCACAACCCCUUGGGGUUAUCCUGCGCUUGGAAGAAGAAAUAGUAAAAGGAAAAAAUAUAGUGAUAGUUUUAUUCUUCAUCGCCGUAAAUAAAUAUGUAACUAGUAAUAUGGAAAAUUGCAUUUUUGGAAUUUGCAAUAAUGCGAUGGGCGAACGACGGGAAUUGAACCCGCGCAUGGUGGAUUCAGAAUCCACUGCCUUGAUCCACUUGGCUACAUCCUCCCCUUAUCCAGCUAAAGGAUUUUCUCUUGUUUCCAUUCAUCAUUAUUCUAUUUAUUCUGACCUCCAUACCUCGAUCGAGAUAGUGGACAUAGGAUGACACUCUUUAAAAUGAAAAAAAGGAGUAAUCAGCUA